AUGCCCCCAUUGACAGUUCUCCUAGGGAACCCUUAUCUUGUCAACUUCACCAACAAACUCGAGUCAAUUACCAAAGCUACUGGUAUGGAGAAAGACCUGUACCUCUUCAACGUAACACUCGACAAGUGGGUUCAAGACUUUGUCGAGCCAGGCUACGCAAGCAUGGCUGGUCCGAAAGGAACAACAUCUAUCCAGACCAUCGUUCUAUGUUCACGGAAAUGGCGAGACAGUGCUCUACUUAUCUUUUUGUCUUUCCAAAAGGCCGGAGUUGGUGCAGUGCAGCAUCUAGGAGUUUGGAGCCCCAAGACCAAUGCCAGUGGCAACUUAGAAGCCAUCCCUCCCUACGCCCUGAACGGCAAGGCCUGGCCAGCUGGGCGCCGUAUCGUUGGCAAGCAUGAUAGCGAAAGACGUCGUAUUCUUCCUUAUCUUGAAGCUCAAGAGUCACAGAAGCCGCUGCGGCUCGAUACUUGCUGGCUUACCGUGGGCCGUAUCGAUGAGUUCUUCCUCAGGUGA